UCUUGGCGUGAAUUCCGCUGUAAUAAUUCAUCUCAGGCGGCGUUGCUUGUUGUCCAAAACACAGCUGCCUCGUGAACAAGUUUUUGAGCUAGCUAGUACCCUCCAUCAGUAAAAGGAUUAUCAUACUGUGCUGGAAUCCAAGCAAGCUGAACGAACGAUGACAACCGAGAUCAAACCCAAGGAAUCGGCAACGAAAGACGCUUUGUUGGAAGGGGAGGAAGAGACCAAGAAGCAGCAUGUCGUCGGUGUCGGCGAGGUCAAGGAGGACGAGAAGUCCGACGAGGAGAAGACGCCACUUCCAGCGCAGUACCGUCAAUCCAACGAGCGCCCUCAAUCCAACGAGGACCUUCAAUACAAAGAGGACAUGCUUGCCUUAGACGACGCUCUUGCCAAAGGUCAAGUACCGGUACUCGCGGUGAAGAAGGACGGAGGAGCGGCGAUCGACAACAAGACUCCCGCGGCAAGCCUUACCACCGCGGCUAUUGGUUCCAAGGGCUCUGGUUCUAAAGGCACUGGUUCUAAGAAGAACACAUCCGACCCGCACUAUAAUCCUCUUGGCGAUCAUGCUGCGCAGCACGGCAUUGACGUCCAUGUCGAGGCCCUACCACAACAGCAACAACAUCGAAUUCGGGCUUCCGUACCAGGAGCCUAUGCGGAAUCGCCAGACCAGGCCCCUCUUCAUUCCCUCCUCUAUGCCGCCAAUUCUAUCCGCGCCCAUCGCAAUGGGCCGUCUCCACGUCCACAGGAUGGACUCCGCACAAGCAACAGCCGAGCGCAAUCAAGUGUCCCCAGUCCUCCUCCCGGUUCCCAAGAUGGCAGCCACGUUGGACUCGUCGAAGCCACACCAGUGUGCAACACAGAGUGUCUAGAAGAAGCCGAACCGGUGGAUUUGAACGACCUCUAUCCGUCCAAUCGGCGCGGUGGUGACGACGAUGAUGCUCAGUGGGGGAAACGAAGUGAUCAACUCGCUUGUACCCCGAUCCUCUUCAUCAUCGGCCUGAUUGUCACAGCGCUGCUAGGGUCUGGUUUGAUUGUCUACUUUACCACGGAAAACAGCAACAGCAACACAGAGGUCGCCACCGUUGCCCCGCCAGUCAACGAAACACUGAUCACCACGACGGCAGCGAACGACACGAACGAUGAUGGAAGUUUGGUGCUGAAUUUGGAUCUUGACUUGCCAGCGACUACUUUGUAUGUAUUGGAACGAGACACUGCCAUGGAAUCUCCACAGGCCAAAGCGUACAAGUGGGUACAGAAUGACCCAUGGCUUGGAAACUAUUCACGUGACAGGCUCCUGCAACGAUUUGCUGCCGCCACAUUCUACUAUGCAACUGGAGGAGAGACAUGGAAGAAUCAGGGAGGUGAAACUGAAUUGGUUGUAUGGGGCAUUGGAGGUGUUACCAUUGCACCUGACAGCGCCAGGGUCUCUGGUACUGCUGCUGGUGGAGCUGCGGAAGAAGGGAGUGGACAACCAAAUGGUGCUGGUGGGAAUUCAACAGUCUCCUCAUCUGCCCCCACCAGAAGGCCUGAUCCACUACUAGAAAAUCUGGAACACAAUGUUACCUUGGAACAGUGGCUUUCUUACACAUCUCAUGAGUGUGAUUGGUACUCAGUUCCAUCAAAGCAGGAACUGGAUCAGCACAAUCUGUGCCAGAAUGGUACAUUCUAUGAUCUGGACUUGACCCAGAACAAUCUGACAGGAUCGCUGCCACCAGAGCUUUCGCUAUUCCAUGGACUUUUCAGAUUCAAUUCUGCUCGCAACUCAUUGAUGGGCACAUUGCCCACGGAGAUAGGCAUGAUGUCGCGAUUGUCAAGUUGGAGUUCGCGCGGCAGCCGCCUGAGGGGUGUUAUUCCAACCGAACUGGGUUUACUUUCGGACAAUUUGGAAGUUUUCUCCGUCAACAAUAAUGAACUCACAGGGACGUUGCCGAACGAAUUCUUCAAGCUCCAUAAGCUCAGAGAACUCAGACUGAUGGACAACUUGUUCACAGGAACUCUCCCAGAUGACAUUUGCUUUGGCAUGCCCAGUUUGACUGAUGUCAAGUUAUUUCGAAUUGGUUUGACGGGGACAAUUCCAUCUUCGUUCAACCGGUGCACACACCUCUUUUUCCUGGGGCUAAAUGACAACCAGUUCACAGGAACUGUACCAUCCGAACUAGGAGGGGUUACCCGCUUAGAGAUGCUGAAUCUACAGAGCAACAAUUUGUCAGGCACAGUACCGAGUGAGCUUGGAAAGUUGACGAGGCUAAAAAGCUUUCAAAUACAGGACAAUGAAGGUAUCUUUGGACCCUUACCUUCAGAACUUGGUCAAUUGAAUGCAACUCUGACAAGGUUGAAUCUGAAGGGAACAUCCAUCACAGGGACCAUCCCUUGGGAGCUGUGUAGCAUUGGCAAACUGGAUUUUGACUGUUCGGAUUCUCUUUGUGGUUGUGACUGUCCUUGUGCCCCUCAGUAGUACUAGAGCCCAGCUGAUGCCAAGGAAAGCCACUCCAGGAAUGGAGGAGCAGGGCGUAUGUUCAGGAGAUCAUGUUGUGAACAGCGCACUCCUACCAGGAGACGACUAUUUGAAAAACUAGACAUUGAAGGAUCCAGUAGAUUGUUUUUCUAGUGUGAGCUAAUGAGAAAUUUACAGUACAUCGAAAUACAUUUACAAACAAAUCCUACGCACUAGGGACUAGAUAGUGAUGAAGUCUGGAAUGGCAAAAGGUUGCCUCAUUUGUGGGGGGGUUGGUUUCUUGUCAUGUCGCUUUCGCGGUGGUUGGAGGCAUUUCCAGUCAUUCGCGAAGUCACCUUGUUCUUCAUUCUCUCGUUCCAGCUCUUGAAGCUGCUUGACUACAUCCUCCAUGCUGUACCCAACCAAUCGUACCUCGCUCCCGUGUUGUGUGGGUUUAGGCAAAGCGCCCUUGCGCGAGGACAACCCAGUAUCGUUUCCGUAACUAUCAAGUCCAUCGCAUUCUCCCUCCCAGUUUUCACAUGCUCCCUCUCUCAGUUGAUUCUCUGUUGCGAGCAGUCGCGCCGUCAUUUUUAGGAGGAAGCUCGGUUCGGCGGAGACCGAUUGGCGAGGUUCCUCAGGCUGUUGAGCCGACUCACAGAUGCUAUCGGGAUCCGUUUCCUGGGCCUCACUCUUGAUUGUGCUCGCCCCUGAAGUAGUCGGACUGCAUCCGCAAAAGGUCAUACCAGUUGGCACAUCAUAAGGGAAGAGGGUGGGGAAGCUUUCAAAAGGCACAAAAUCAACAAAGCCGCCGUUGCUGCUGCUCGAUCCAAAGGACCGAGUUUCCAUUUCCCCCAGAACAAGGGUGGGCUCCACUUCUUCUCCAGAACAAUGGAGGGUUGAAUAUCCAACAGCGUUGUUGUUGCUAUCAUUUUCUGGACUAUCCAAUGGCGGUACAAUGUUUGCUUUUGAUUCAACGUUGGACCCAUCACCACCACGGCUUCUCACAGCAUUCCUGGCGGUAAUGGCAUUAGAAGGCAAUGCCAGUCCUGGCUGCCCCAGGAGAAGUGCUGAGAUGAAAAUCUCUCCUGCAGACACAUUCUCGAAGCACCCGCCCGAUGGCCUUGAUUGCGCUUCUUUGGAAUAAUCAUUACCGACAAUCGGAGGCGCAAAUCGAACGCGCUUCGGCUUUCCUUCAGCUUUCUUCUUCUUCUUUAACGCUGACAACCACUGUGUCAACUCGUCAUUCUGUUCACCUUUUCCAGGUUCAUGACCUCCUUUAUGAGCUGCCCUCGUGCUCUUGUUCACAAUUCGACGUGAGUCUUCAAAUUUUGCAAAGAGAGAUUCGAAUGGGGUCUUGCAGGCCCCACUCAACGAAUUCGCUGCCGCGACAUCCACAGCUAGUCCCCCACAUGUUUGAUGGAAUUGCCUUGAAAUUUCUCCCACACACAUCAUCGCCACGCGAUCGUGAUAUCCAAGACCUGUCACCACGCAAAAGCCUACGAAAGGUACAACAAUCAAAAACACGAUUAUUAGCAAGGGUGUCUUCAGGUCACACACAAAGCACGGCUUCUUACAGAUGGCAUCAGAAUCAGCGCAGUACACAAACUGAUACAGUCCCGACCGUCGGGUUUUGAUGCCUCCCACUACUUCUUGGUUGCCUGGGAUGUUUGGCGGCCCGUUGCGAAUCACUCUCGCGCUAAUCUUGGUCAAAUCAUCGUUGUUGUGGGUGUGGAUACCGGCCAAAAGAAGCAACUCUCUUUCGCCAUGGUUUCCCUCCUCUGCUAGUCGGUACACGAGAAUACACUGAAGUUUGGUUGGUCUGAUUGGCAACACCAUCAUCAUUGGUUACCGCCCAUGGAAGGAUGGACGAGGGUAUUCCGGAUUGUGUUUUAGGACCUCAUCCAAGUCAUCCGGAACUCCAACAGCGAACCUUGGAAUAAUACAGUAAUAUUAAUAUUUUGUGGUGUGGAUCCACGACUGGUACGCAAGAUCACCAGGAAGACAACUUUGGAUACAGUACUACAGAUCCCAGAACAACUGACCAAAAACCCAAGAACCACUUUUUUCGCCCUUUAGAAGUUUGAGUUUUUUUCUUGUUCUCGUAGCUUUUAUGUACAACUACUAGCUAGAAGUAAGAACAUUGAACAGACAACCCAAAAAUCGAGAAUAUGCCACAUGUAUGGUAGCGAAGACGCACGAAUGACAGAGCUAAAAAAAAGCUGGUAGAAUCCUCGUAGGCUUUUGUACUGCGUCUACACAGAACAAGUAAGUUUUUUUGUGAAACGAGGGUUUUUGGUCAGUUGUUCUGGGAUCUGUAGUAUCAGGUAGUUUUGGU